GCAUGAUGAAGGCAUCAGGCGAUAAACAGUGCACACGCGGGACUGAGUCACUGAGUAAACACAGUGCAGUGGGCCGCGGGUGGCGCGAAGCAGUGCGCUCUGGUGGCGAGGGGACAAAAAUUGAUGGGUUCCAUGUGAUGCUGAAAUUAUUACCACAAAGAGACAGUUUUAUUCUGAGAAGAAUCCUGCGUGACUGUCACGUCCAGCCUAGGGUGUCCAUGACUGACAGUGACAGAAGGUGUUGUGUGGAGAAGGUGGAGGUGUUAGCAGAGGGGAAGUGGCUGUCCCUCCACCGUCACCACUGGAGGGAUCACGCUGGCAACCUGAGGGCAUGGGAAGUGGCCAGCUGUCCCACAAAAGCAGGUGAUGGAGGCCGGAAGGGUCGGAGGUGUGUGGCAGUGGUGGCAACGCUGAGCCGACCACACCCUCUCCCUCCAGCCCUUGUUCUGGUGAAGCAGUUCCGUCCUGCACUGGAUACACACACCAUUGAGCUGCCUGCUGGUUUGGUGGAGGAGGGAGAGAGCCCACAAGAGGCAGCUGUCCGCGAACUGAAGGAGGAGACGGGACUAGGAGGCAGUGUGUUCAUCACCUCUCCUGAUGUGGCCCUUGACCCAGGCACCUCAGAUGGCACUGUGCAGCUUGUGGCUGUGAAGACAUGUGGAGUAGUCCAACCAGCAGAGCAACAUGUCGUAUUCAUACCAACAUAAUAGGAUGGAUGGUCACACAUGACCACACAAAGGUGGGCAGCACAGCUUAGGAAGACUCCGAUCAUAGCACACUUGCCAAGGUAAAUUAUGAUGAACUCAUAAUUCCUCCACAGCUGGCUGCCCAGCAGUGUGACAUCAUGCAUGAAUAUUCAUAGCUUCAUCCCUGACCAAACAAGACUUUUUUUUUUUAAAGACAAGUAUAUAUAUAUAUAUAUAUAUAUAUAUAUAUAUAUAUAUAUAUAUAUAUAUAUAUAUAUAUAUAUAUAUAUAUAUAUAUAUAUAUAUAUACAUACAAGAUCAUACAUAUACAUAAACCUGUAGGUUUGUUAGAAGGAACUUAACACUUGAAACAGCCCAUUCUCCAGAUGUGCCCACAGGCAAAAUGGUCUUGUUAUAUAUAACAUGUUUGGUAAAAGUAAAUUCACCCCUCCAUUCAAUUGCCCUUUUUAUACUUUCCCAGGAAUUGCCUGUUUUAAAUGCCUUAGAAGUGGAGGCAGACCUUACUGAAUAUGCAUUAAACAAAUCCUCACUGAUCCCAGAUUCUAUCAUUAUAUCUUUGACCCAUCUAGUAAUUUUGGUCUUGGAUGCUGGGCCAAAAGGUUUCCUGGUUGUUAACAACAGCUUAUUCUGAUCUGAUCUUAUUCUCAGGCUGCUCAUUAAUUGUAAAUAUGUUCUAAUAGCAUCAACAAUACAUAAAUUUUCAUUCUGUGGGAAUGCUUUGAAACCUAUGUUCUGUACAUGAUGUCUGACAUUAGAUGUUUUAAGUGUAUCUCCAAUUUUAAAGAUGACCUCAUUUUUAUUAAGUGACAUAUUCCUGAUGUCUAAGCAAUCUAUGGUUUGAAACUGUUGGCCAGGUAAAAUGAGAAGCAAACCUGCCACUUUUUUGGCUAAAUUUGAAAGUGGUAAUUGAUUAUUGUUUCCCCAAAUAUCAAAUGUAUUUAAAAGACAUCAGGAUUCCAUGUAAAGUUACUUCUAGGCAGUUUGGAGUGCUGUUUUGCUACUGACUUCAUAAAUAAGCAUACAAACUUGUUCUGACCAGCAGGGAUUCCAUUGAUUUUUGCCACCAUAGAGAUAGCUGACCUGGCUGCAUUGAGACUACUGUAACUACCCAGAACCAUUUGCCUCUCCUUCAUUGAAUAACAUGAAUAAGUGGUCCAACAGUUUGUGUACAGAGGAAGAAAAUGGAUCAACUUUUUUCUUGUAAACAAAACUUGUUCCAUACUUUGAUGUGUCUUCCAUAUGCCUCAAGUCAUCAAUUUGCCUUCUUAUCCAAAUAGAGUAAGUCAUCAUAAUCACCAUGGCUUUGCUCAAGAGCUUCAUUCCUUAACACUUCCAAAUAUUUAUAUUUUAAAGGAGCCCAGUGUACAGAGUCACCUGCAGCAAUGACAUUGCCAAUAAAAACAGCAAAAUCUCUAAUUCUAAUGUCAUCCGUACGUAAUAAUUGUAAACCCAGUUUCCUGAUCUUAUCUGCCUUACCUUGUGUGAGUUUAAUGGUCAUGUCUUUAGAGUUCAACACAAAACCCAAGAAUUUAGUUUCAUGACUGGGCUGAAAUUCGGAUUUCUUCAAAUUAAUUUUGAAACCUAAUUGAUCUAAUGUUGAUGCAAUAUAUUUGACAUCAUCAAUUAAUUUUUCUUUGGAGUCCGCUGUCCUAAGACAAUCAUCAAUGUAAAUAGAUAUUAAGAUGCCUAAAGCCUGAAAAUGUGAAAAUGGGACCUUCAACAACUUAGUGAAAGUUGAGGGGAUGAGGAAAAACCCUGAGGCAAACAAGAAGACUGCCAUAAUAAACCAUUCCAUGUAAAUUAUAGCCAUGAUCAAUCCUCCCUGCAAACAGGAACAGAAAAAUAAGCAUGUUUCAAGUCAGUGGAUGCAAAGAAACAAUCAUGUGUAACCAAUGGUAAAACAUCUCUAAGUGUUUCCAUCUUAAAACGAUAAUAUUCCACAUACUCAUUUGAAUAUUUAAAAUUAAGUAUAAUCCGGACACUGCCAUCCUUCUUUAACCUAAGAAAAAUAAUGGAAUAAAACCCUGAUGAAACAACUGCAGCUCUCUCAACAAUAUGCUGCUGAAUAAAUAUAUUCAUGGCUGCAUCAAUAGCCUGUUUGUCCUUCUGAGAGAAAUGCAAUAGAGGGGGGGAUAUGGCAUUGUGAUGGAAAAUCACGAAAGGAAAACAUAUACUUUCCCUGAACAGUGUUAGUUACCCAAGGAUCACUGGAUAAUUCCUCCUAAAUUUGAAGAUAAUGUUGAAUUUUCCCCCCUGAAAAUUUAUAGGGGUGUUAACCAAGGUUAAAUCACUUAUUGCUGAGGAAUGAAAAUGAGAACCAGUGUCAUCGGGUAACUUAUUUGGUGCCAUAGUGACAUGUCCUCUGCCUCCUCUAUCUUGAUGAUUACCUCAGUAGUUAUUGGUUUUGGAAUCUCUACCUCCUUUUCGAAAAGUAAAAAUAUUCCUCUUCAUCUUAAACAGUUUUGGAUUGAUAUGUUUUUGAUUCUCCUCAAAUUGUUUAACAAUGUUCAACAAUGUUAGUUUCAAACAAUUUAUCACCUGUCAUAUUCUCAUCCUUGACAGUUUUUUGGAGAGUCUUGGCUUUAAUUUUUUUUAUCAGUAAUGAGAUCUCUUCUCAUUAGAUUUAAAUAAUUGAAAACUGGCAAUAACAUGCAAAGACUGUCGUUGGUAUCUCUAUAUGAAUCCAUCAUGGUAGGGUUGUGUGAAUUUGCAUGUUUGUUUACAAAUCUGAUGAGAGGAAUGAGUACUUUCCCUAAUAGAGAGUUUGUCUGAGCUAACUUGCUCUCCAUCCUCUGACUCUGAUGGUCAAGAGUUGAUAGGGGAUUGGAAUCAGAUUCCAGAAUCCUGAAUUCUCUAAUAUUAGAUGGAAUAAACCAUUGUUCUGCCAACAUCCUGGCUUUCUUAUCAUCAAGAACCAUACGUAAAUAAACCUUGAUGUUCUUAGCUAAAAUCUCUGUAACAGGAGUAUCAUUAGCAUCAUCAACAUCAAAAGCUGCACCUAGGCUACAGCCAACAACCACAUGUUGAUUUUCAGCCAAAGGAAACCCUACAAACUCCUCUGCUGAACUAGUAGAUGCCCCAACAUUAACUUGGGAUGCAACAUGUGAGGACUGGAAGGUGUCUGGGUAUGAAGCCCCACCAUCAGGAUUAUGCGAUAAAUCUUGAGACACAUCAGGUUGACAUUAUCCACAUCUUCUGCACUACUAGUGUCACUGUCACCUAAAUGUACUGGUUCCUUUCUCACCUUCUCUUUUUGUCAGAGCUUUCACCAAAGCUGGUAAUAUUUUCUGAACCACAGAACUGCAGAAAUUAUCAUCCGGCUCAAGUGUCUGAGAAGGGCCGGAAAUAUUGGUGGUUGGAACAUCCUGUCCACCAGAACCAUCAUCUUCACUAUCGGAAGAUAAACAAGCAACCUUGCAUGGUGGCUGGGCCUGGCCAUUGUCGGAAGAAGGAUGGGAGUGUUGAUGUCCCCUGCCUUCCACCAUGCAAACAGCAGAUGAGCAAUAAACUGUCCUCUGGGGAAGAGACGAUUACCAACGUGGCAACCAUACAGUUGUGUGAUGGCCAUGUCAUACAAGACAUUGUAUAAAGGGGCAGGUAAUGUAAAAAUAAAGUAAAAUCAUAACACAUACCAUCCUGAACAGGGAUUUUCGCAGAGUAACAAGACAUAGGCAACCUCACAAUCACCUGGUGGCUGGGGACAACAGUAAAAGUGUCACCACAUUAACCGUAGCAUGCUGCACUAUUACACUCCAUGCAUGUUUCAUUGUCCAACUUGCCAAAAACUAGCAGUGCUAUAUCCUCCAUGCCCCAUUUACAGGCCACAGUGCAGUAAUAGAGACCCCAGAAAGCCACCAAACUCAAGUGUCCCUUGCCUUAUCUUAUCAAUAAACUUCAAAGCCAUUUAGUGGCUGUCAGAGCGAACAGCCAUGUCUGAACACCAGAACCACACACCAAGUACUGAAUACUGGUAACACCACACCACCAGUCAUGCAUGACGUCACGCUGCUGGGCAGCCAGCUGUGGAAGAACUUGGAUGAUUCAAGAGCUUGGGCACGAGAGCAGGUUAAGUCGUUACACACAUAAACACAACAUCCAGCUUUGGAUUGAAAAUGAGGAUAGAGAAAGUAGGAGGGAACAGAGUAGGGACUACUGUCAGUUGCCUCAGACACCUGUGUUUCAAUAAGGAAAAGAAGAUGAGGUUUAGUAGAGGAGAGGUGGUGUUCUACAGAUUGAAAAUUAGAUCUAAGACUGCUAAUUUUGCAGAAGUUAAUGAAGAAAAAGUUGAGUGGGGUGUCAAGACACUUGACACCCCAUCCUGUAUCGUCACUCCCAGGUCUUUCUCUUUUUGUACUUUUAUUAUUUCUUCAUUUCACAUUUUAUAUAACUAUUUUGGUCUCUUCAUUUUUUCCCAUUUCCAUUAGAUGACAUUUAUUCACAUUGAAUUCCAUCUCCCAUUUCAUACUCCAGUCCCAGAUUUUAUUCAAAUCCUCUUGUAGAAUUUCAGUCUUUGUUGUUUCUUAUAUGUCUUUUAUGUAAUUUUGCAUCAUCUGCAAACAAAUUCAUGUAACUCUUUACUCCUUCAUGCAUAUCAUUUAUGUAGAUCAGGAAAAGUAUUGGUGCCAGCACUGAUCCUUGUGGUGCUCCACUGUCUACUUUUCUCCAUCUUGAUUUUACAUCUUUUACUACUGUUCUCAUUUCUCUUUCCUUUAAGUAAUUUUCCAUCCAUUUUUUUUUUCUCUCCAUUUAAUCAUUCUAUAUUUUCUAGUUUCUAUAGUAGCAUGUUGAGGAAAACUUUGUCAAAAGUUUUUUUUAGAUCUAAAUACACACAGUCUACCCAUCCAUCCCUCUCCUGUGUUAUAUCAGUCACUCUCAAAUAGAAGCUCAUCAGAUUUGUUACACAUGAUCACUUUUGUCUAAAGCCAUACUAUUUUUCUGUUAUUAUAUCAUGUUUUCUAGAAAUUUUGCCCACUGCUUCUUUAUCACUUUUCACAAAUCUUACAUACUAUGCUGGUCAUUGAUACUGGUCUAUAGUUUAGUGGUUCUUCUUUCUUUCCACUUUUAUAAAUUAACACUAUGUCUGCUCUCUUCCAUUCCCUAGGCACUCUUCCAGUUGAUUAUUAUGUCAUAUACUGGUUCAGUUAAUUGCUUCCUGCACUCUUUUAAAAUUAUACCUGAUACUCCACCUGGUCCUGUUGCUUUUCUUUCUUCCAGUUCCUCCAUCAUUUUAUAAACUCUAAUUACUGUAAUUUUCCACUUUUUUUUUUUUCUUCUCAUCUUGUGAUUCUUUAAAUUCUGAUUCUUCUAUGAAAACUUGUUAAAACUUUUAUUUAGUAAUUCACUCAUGUCUCUUGUGUCUUCUUAUGUUUCAUUACCAUCCUUCAACCUUUCUAAUUUUUCUUUUAGUUCAAUUUUUUUCAUUUAUGAAUUUGUAGAACAGUUUUGGUUCAUCCUAGCACUUUUCAACUACAGUGGAACCUCAGUUUUCAAACUUAAUUUGUUCCUGAAUGCCGCUCAGAAUCCAAAAUGUUCGAAAACAAAAACUAUUUUCCCCAUAGGAAUCAAUGUAAAAUAGAUUAAUCUGUUCUCAGACAGCCAUCCACCAUGUCUUAGGUAAUGACCGACGUUCUCACUGCUAAGAUGGCUGCUCCACAACAUCUCCAGUUUAGAAUUUUUUGUCCAGAAAGAGUGUAUUGAAUGAAUUUAGUGACACAGAACUCAUCAAAAGAUAUUGUUUAGACCAUGCAGGCAUUCUCUUUGUCAUCAAUGAAGUGAACGAAGCCUUACAUAGUGACACAGAAAGGAGCAACCUAUCCACUGCCAAAAUGAAGGUGAUCAUAACACUUGUUGCUGAGAAAGGCUACUGGGAAAAUGCAGUAGUGAUGGCAUUGUGGGUCAUAGAAAGAGCCACAGGAGGCUCAGGAUUUCUCCUGAGUGCCAAACCUUGUUUGUUUACAUUGAGGUUCUUCAAUGGAUCACAUUUAACUUAUUUCAAAGAUUGAAAUACUGUCUUACUGUCUGUGUCUCUCCUGCAAAUAUAUAAAAAUGAAGGAAAUAUUUAUAGAAACUAUAAAUUAGUAAUAAAUGGCUGCUUUUGCUACAUCUUUUAGUAUUUGAAAUCAAGUAACUUUGUUCGAAAACCGAAUUAUGGUACAGCAACCAAGGCAAUUACGAAUUAAAUUUUUUGUUCAAAAACUAAGUUGUUGAGAAAGGGAGAUGUUUGGUAAUCGAGGUUUCACUGUAUAUUUUUUUUCAUAUCUUUUCUCUUCCUCUCUUUUUAUUUCCACAUAUUCAUUUUUUACUAUCUUAACGUCUUCUUUUUUUGGGGGUUUUGAUUUCUUGUCGUUCUCAUCCAUGCUUUGUCUCUUUUUUUUUGCACUUGCACAUCUUGCAUUGAACCACACCUGUUCUCCAUUUUCCUUAGGUCUGUAUAGUGGGACAUAUUUUUUUCACUCCUGCCUUGUAUAGUUUCAUAAAAAUGUCAUACUUAUCUUGCACAUCAUUUGCUCUUUUCAGCUUUUCCCAGUUUAUUUCAUCAUAAAGUUUCUCAAGAUCAUCUAUAUUUGCUUUCCCAUAGUUUCUCCUGUUUUCUUAGUAUGAUUCAUCCUCUUCACUGACAUCAUUAUCAGUCUCUAUUUCUAUCAUUACAUGGUCACUUUCCCAAGUGGCACACAUAUCUUAAUUCUUUGGUUAGGUUGAUUCCUUUUGUUACUAUUAGAUAUAGUCUUGUUGGUUCAUCAUCUCCACUAUAUCUUGUAUUUUCAGUCACCCAUUGUAUCAUUGUGUUUUCCAUAGGCAGCUUCAGAAAUCUUUCUCCCCAUGCAAUCUCAUUUCCUCUUGCCUCAAACAUUACCCAAUUUACUUCUUUCCAACAGAAGUCACCAACCAAUAAUACUCUUUUAUUACUUUUGAUUAAUUUACUGAAGCACUGAAUGAUAUCUUCUCUUAUUUUCUCAUUGUCAUCCUUGCUCCAAGAAUUUGUUUUGAGUGGUACAUAAGUAGUUAUUACCAUCAGUAUUUCUUCAUUAUUAUCCUCCAAGUUAAUACACUAUUUCUGCCUUUCCCCUCCUCAUAUUUCACUAUUUUUGUCUUCACCUCUUUUCUUGUCAUUGUCAUUACAGCUCCCCCUCCUUUACCAAUCCUGUCUCUUCUCCAUAUAUUGUGCUUAUUGUUAAUGACUAUCUGGUUUUCUUCUUUUAGUUCUGUUUCCAUUAAACAUACCUUCAGUUUUUUUCCUUUGAAUAGUCUUACAAUUCCAGUUUUCUGUGCAUCAUUCCAUCUAUGUUUAUAUACAUCACAUUCAAUCCUUCAUUUUUACUAUUUUCUAUUUAAUUUUCACUUAUUUAUUUUCCUUUAUGUACCAUUUCUUCACUCUGUCUCCCAAAUUGUGUGUGUGUGUGUGUGUGUGUGUGUGUGUGUGUGUGUGUGUGUGUUUGUGUGUAUUUACCUAGUUGUGCUUUAUGGGAAAAGAGCUAUGCUCGUGCUGUCCCAUCUCUAUAUCUUUUAAUAUCCAACUUAGCCUUGAAUCCAUGUAUACUUUCUGUAUGUACUAUCUCCUCAUCCAGACUGUUCCAUACAUCAAUACUUCUAUAUGGGAAAUUAUACUUUUUGAGGUCUCUUCUACAAGCACUCCUCUUCAGCUUCUUUCCAUGUUCUAGUGUCCCGUGUAUCCCAGACCAUUAAGUCUCUCUGGUCCACCUCCUUUACUCCCUCAUAUGCUUUAUAUAUCGCAAUCAAGUCUCCCCUUUCUCUCCUCUUUUCCAACAUUGGUAGAUGUAUCCGUGCCAGUUUCUCUUCAUAUGACAAGUCCCUGAUACUUGGUACCAUCUUCGUAGCUGCUCUCUGAACUCUCUCCAACUUCCUUAUAUUUUUUUCUUGUAUGGCGACCACACUACUGCUGCAUAUUCUAGUCUAGGUCUUAUCAGUGCCACGAUCAUCUUCCUGACCAUCUCUUCAUCCAUAUAUGCAAAGGCCUGCCUUAUUCUUCUCAACAAGUUAUAGGUUUCUCCUGUAAUUUUGCUAAUGUGUCUCUCCGGAGUCAGGUUCCCAGUCACUGUAACACCAAGAUUCUUUUCCUCUUCUUCCUCACUCAACCCUACACAAUUCAACACAUAAUUUCCUUUUACUCUUCUUGUAAUUUUUCCAAAUUCUAUUACUUUACACUUCUUUAAAUUAAAUUCCAUUUCCUAUCUAUAAUUCCACUCUGAAAUCUUGUUCAGGUCUUCUUGUAAUGUUCCACAGUCCUCUGCACUCUCAACUUUCUUCAGCAACUGCAUCAUCCAAAAAAAGGCUCAUGUAGCUGUUCACACUCUCCAUCAUAUCAUUUAUAUAAACUGCAAACAUGAUUGGUGCAAGUACUGAGCCUUGGGGUACUCCACUUAUGAUUUCCCUCCAUGAUGAUUUUUUUUUUUUUUAUCUUUUACCACCAUUCUCAUUUCUCUGUCAAGAAAUUUUCCAUCCAUCUCAGCAGGCCCCCCUUAGCCCACCAUUAUGCUUCAACUUCCACAACAAUUUCCUGUGUGGCACUUUAUCAAAGGCCUUCUUAAGGUCUAAAUAAACACAAUCUACCCAUCCAUCUCUUUUUUGCAUUAUAUCCACCACUCUAGAAUAAAAAGUCAGUAAGUUUGUAACACACAAUCUUCCUCUCCUAAAUCCAAAUUGUUGCUUUAUUAUCUCUUCAUUUCCUUCUAGAUACUGCAUCCACUUAUCCUUCACCAAUCUUUCACACAUUUUGCACACCACACUUGUUAGAGAUACAGGUCUAUAGUUUAAGGGCUCCUCUUUACUACCACCUUUGUAGAUUAGCACUAUGUUGGCUCUCUUCCAUUCAAUUGGGACUCUACUUUCAAUUAGGGAACUCUCAAUAAUAUUAUGUAUUACCCAUGUCAACUGCUGAUUGCACUCUUUUAAUAUCCAUCCUGAUAUUCCAUCAGGUCCAGGGGCCUUCCUAAUGUCUAGUCCUCCAUCUGUUUCUGGACAUCCUCUUCAGUCACUUGGGUUUCCCCCAGACCCAUUUCCUCACUCAUCUCACUGCCACACAAAUGUUCUCUCUUUUGUGAAUACUGAUUGAAAACUCCUAUUCAUUAUCUCUGCCAAUUCAGCCAGAUCCUCACACGUUUGACCAUUCACCUUCAAUCUACUUAUUCCCUCUUUAUUUUUCAUUUUGCUGUUCACAUAUCUGAAGAAUAGUUUUGGUUCCUCUUUGCAGUUGUCCAUAACAUCUUUCUCAUAAUUUUUCCUUUCUUCUCUAAUAACCCUUACAUAUUAAUUUUUUGUAGUUGUGUAGUUUUGCC